UCCCUGUAUUAUGUCUAUGGGGCUGAGCGCUGGGACCGGGCAGCAUGAAGGCGAUGAGCUUCCGCACCGCUACACGCAUGCGCUGAAGUGAAUGCAGCUCCGCUCAUUCAACAUGUAGAACUUCUAGAUGGGAUGUAAUUUAAAUAUUUUACUGUUAAGUAAUUGAUUAUGACUGAACACCAAAUUCACGCUGAUUAAAAUAACAUUAAUAUCUAAUAAAACCUUUUAGAUCGCUGAAUCGGCAGGCUAGCAGUGUAGUAACGCAGUUAUUCCGGGUUUCUGUCGGACCUGGCAACCCGGGAUUAAAGCCGUCCUGCUCAGGAAGUCGGUUUGGACUUUUAGAAAAGUGUCCGACCAGAACUAAACACCGGGUCAAAGCUGCUGGGGGAAACCGGGACGUUUAACGGCGUGUUUCUGGACCGGAUUGGUUCUAGUUCAUGAAGAAACUCCUCGGUUCCGCUGGAAGUUCUUAUCGCGACAGUCUUUAGCCGAACCGAGCCCUUUCAGAACAUGGCUGAUUAGAGCCGCGGUUCUGGGCGGGAUGGCGAGUUGGAGGCGCUACAUGGAGGUUCUGGUUCGGGGCGUGAAGGUGCUGCGGGAAGCGGGGCGGCAGUACCCGCUGUCCUGCUGCCUGCUGCUGGUUCUGCUGGGCCUCACGGUGCUGCUCCACAGGUUCCUCCACGUUUUCCUGAUGUUCUGGUCGCUGCUGGCCGGGUUUGUCACCUUCUAUUUCUCCCUCGGACCCGACUCGCUGCUGCCCAACGUCUUCUUCCCCGUGAAGCCCAGAGCCAAGCGCCAGGAUCCGGAACUGUUCCCUCUGGGCCACAGCUGCGCCGUCUGCGGCACGACCCGAUGCCAGCGCCACCGGCCUGCACUGCUCCUGGAGAACCAGCAGCCCUGGUUGGACCUGAGGGUUCACUCCAAGGUGGAUGCGUCUGUGGCAGAGGUGUUCGAACUGGUCCUGGAGAAGUUUGUGUAUCCCUGGUACAGGGACAUCACGGAGGACGACGCCUGCCUGGAUGAAGUCAGAACCACCUUCCGCUUCUUCUCCUCGGUGCUGAUCCGCAGAGCCCAGAAGGUCGACCUCCCAUCUGUGUUUGCAGAUAAAGUGAUGAAAGUCGCCAUGAAGCACCUGGAAAUAGUCGCCAAGGCUCGAGUCAGAGCGAAGCGGUGGGAGGACCUGCAGCGGGCCGCUCUGGACGGGUACGGCGCCGGCCUGCACGCCGCGCUGCGCAGCCGCAGGGACGAGCUGCGCUACCUGCGCAGGCUCACCGACACGCUGCUGCCCUACCUGACGCCGCCCAGAACCACCGACUGCAGGUCUCUGGCUCUGCUGCUGCGGGAGGUGAUGGCCGGAUCCGUCUUCCUGCCCACCAUGGACUUCAUGGCCGACCCGGACACGGUGAACCUCAUGGUGCUGCUGUUCCUGGACGACACUCCGCCAGAAGCUGCUGCUGAGCCGCCGUCGCCGUUGGUUCCCUUCCUGCAGAGAUACAGCAGCAGCAGCCGGAGGCCGUCGGUUCUGCAGCUGCAGCUGAAGGCGAUCCGGAGCCAGCAGGAUCUGCUGUUCCGCUUCCUGAACUUCCUGAAGCAGGAAGGAGCCGUUCACGUCCUGCAGUUCUGCCUGGCCGCGGAGGAGUUCAACGAGCGGAUCCUGAGUCCAGACCUGAGCGACCCGGAGCUGCGGCGGCUGCACGACGAGGUUCUGCACAUCUACCGGACCUUCUGCAGGGACGACAGCGCCGACAAGAUCCGCUUCGACCCGGCCGUGGUGGAGGGGAUCCAGAGCGUGGCAGCGGCGCCCUACAGCCAGGUGGUGGCGCUGCAGAAGAAGCCCUUCCUGUUCCAGGCCUACGAACUGGUUCUCUCCCUGCUGGAGGAAGUUUUCACGCCCAUGUUCUGCCACAGCGACGAGUACUUCAGACACCUGCUGAGAGGAUCCGAGUCGCCGACCCGGAACGCCAGGAUCAACAGGAAUCCGUCCCGACGGGGCGAGGCGUUCGGUAUCAGCCGGAUCGGGAACCGGAUCAAAGGCGUGUUCCGAAGUUCCACCAUGGAGGGAGGCCUGCUGCCGGCCGGCGCCGACCCGGACGACGACUCGGUGAGACCCGGUUCUGACCCGGAAAUGACCUCAUGUAUGAAUGCAGAUAAAUAUAGUCUUAGAUCUGGUUCUGGUUCAGGUCUAGUUCUGGUCCUGGUUCAGGUCUUGGUUCUGGUUCUGGUUCUGGUCCUGAUGUCCCUGUGUGUUUCUCAGAAAGGACAGAACCUGGAGCCGUUCAUCCAGUCCUUCUUCAACUCCUGCGAGUCGCCCAAACCCAAACCGAGCCGACCAGAACUCACCGUCCUCGGCCCGUCUGCAGAAAACAAGAAGCUCUUCAACGACCUGUUCCGGAACAACGCUGACGUCUCCGAUGGUCCGGAGCGGAAACACAACUCUAAUUGCUUCCUGGAGGUCGUGGCCGUGGACGGCAUGUACGACUACCUGAUGUAUGUUGGUCGGGUUCUGUUCCGGGUUCCGGACUGGCUGCACCACGUCCUGGCGGCCGGGCGGAUUCUGUUCAAGAACUCUCUGGAGGCCUACGUGGACCGGUACCUGCGGUCCAAAUUGGAGGCGGUUCUGCAGGAGCACCGGCUGGUGUCGCUCAUCACGCAGCUCAGAGAUGCCGUUUUCUGUGAAAACCACCAGGAGAGAAAUAGAGACGAGAAACAGCAGAGAGCCAAGAAGACGUUUGUCGAGAUGAUGGGUUACCUGCCAGACGCCGUGGUGAAGCUGGUUGGGGAAGAGCGCCGCAGAGACGGGAUCGAGCUGCUGUUCCACGCGCUGCAGCAGCCGCUGCUCAACAAGCAGGUAAACGGAGGCUCCGCCCCCUGCAGGUAAACGGAGGCUCCGCCCCCUGCAGGUAAACGGAGG